AUGACAGAGAUGAUGGUGAUUUCGCUGUUUAUGAAGGAAUCGAAGAGAGGCUUGCGCGGAGGAGAUUUUGGAGGUCGCGGCGAGUUGCGGUCGAGAAGAGGUGUGGCUCGGUUACAGAUGGUGUUUCUGGCGAAGAUGAAGUCUGUCAGUUUUUUUGUCAGUGCAUAUUUAAUGGCUUUAUACUUCUUAGAUCUGGGGUUUGGGAAAUUAAAGAGAGUAUUAUUAAGUGAGACAAAGGCAACGCAACGGUAUAAAGGUUUAUGCGAAAAGCUGGAGAAACUCACAUGGUCGGAGCUAGUCCGACGGUACGAUUCCGGCGAAGUCAGUAUGCAGGUUAUGUUGAAAAAUGCUAAGGUUUUGAAUGUUUUGGUCUUUUGCUUAGUUUUGAAGUGA